UCUCACAUCUAGUAAAUCUUCAACCUCGUGGUCUAUCAAGCCUAAUCACUGUCUAUGCGACACCACAAACAUGACUCAUGGCUGAGGCCCACAUAAAAAGUGAUAAAAUCCUCCGGGGAAUAUACCUUUGUCUCCGCACUACUGGAGAGGAUAUUCGAGUGGCGAUUAUUAAGAUCGGCGGGUUAGGCAGAUAUUAUGGGGCUUCUUGCAUUCAUCUACGAGUUAUUUCAUCAUUGAUUGCCUCAUCCAGCCAUUCGCACCAACUCUCGGUAAAAGGUCUUGGACAUCGCGGAACCGCUCGCUUGUGCGAUGGCUAUUUAUUGGACAUCCUGGCCUGUCCUGUAAUCCUUCCCAGAUUUAAACAACCUGCACCGGUCCUCGCAUUGUUCUUCCAGUGACCAUCCACCAUGGCCGAAAUAGACGAGAGCAAAGAAUAUAUGAAACUCUUCGCAAGCAGAAAGGAGGGCUACUAUCUAUACAGACCCUUGAAAUACGAGGAUAUACACCCGGGAUCGGUCGGAUUUUUCGACGACAACAAUAGCUGGAAUGAGAUUGCAGACAUAUCCAACCUUGAGAAGCUAGCAGCGGAAGGCUUCUCUGGCCUUACACCUCGCCUUGCACGCUCUAUAUCAAAUUUACGAAGUGACUCAUGUUCAUGGAACACAAGGUCCUCUGAGACCGAGUCUGAACGGAGCUACCGUGGGAAGGCAGGCGCAUCUGGUGCCGCAGGUGGUGUUCCGGUCGAAGGCUCGGGUGAAAUGAAGUACAAGACAGGCUCAAAUGGGAAAGCUGCUCUCGUUGCCGACGGCCUGGUGAAAAUGGAGCAUUACCCGCAUCCGUUCGGGAUCUCAAUUCCAGAAUGGGCCCGGAAUAAUGCAGAUGCGCUCAUUGAGAAAAGUGGCAAACUUGCCAGAGAGCAUGGACUCAUUGCAGUCCAGUCUGUUUGGAUCACUGACUCAUGCGCUAUCAAAAUGAGCAGUGGCAGCAACCGCGACAUCGAUUCAGCGCUUGACGUUGGCGCGACUGGACUUGGUAAGCUAGGUGGGGGCGCAGCUUUCAUCGACAAGCUUUCAACUGAAGGCUGGACAACAUAUAAGUCGGAAGAUGGAUCCAAGGGCCGAGUUGUGUCGUUCAACGGAAUCAAAUUCAAGCCUCGGAAGUUUACCAAGUGGUUCAAUUCCAAUCCUUUCAAGGAGGUAUCUGUUAUAGAGAAGUGCGCUGACGUGUCAACGACACUUCCAAUCAUGCGUCCUAUCUUUGACGAAGAAGAGAACCUUGUGGGCUUCGAGGAAGUCAAGCCUGUGAAGAACAGUGCGUGCGAAUGGGAAUUCCAAAAGGUCCCAGACAGUGCGAAGCCGCAAAAGGACGAAUUGAAGGAAGUCCCCGAAGGCGAGGGCUUCGCCGUAGAAGUCAAUGACAUCGAAUGUGAAGGUAUAUCUGAAGAGGAGAUCGAAGAGGAAAAGCAGUACCAGGAGGCAGAAAAGAAAAAGCGCAAUGAAGAAAUGCUAGAGUCGUGGAAAGCUCUUGUGGCAAAACUUGAGGCUGUGAACCAAAAGCUCAGAGAGUCAGGAGAGGCGCAACGCGAGCUUGAGGAGCUGCAAAAAGCAAAAGACUCCCAGUCUGAGGAAGUUUACACGGAGAUCAUCAAUGUCAAACCCCCUGCAGGGAGAUAGCCGCCUUGAAUUGUACUACUUAAAUCCGUUUGUGGAAAAUAACAAUCCGGCUCUCUUUAGCUAGGCACAAUCAUACAGCAAUGACCUUCUUGUGAACUAGUUGGCUGCAACAAACGAAGAAACGAGAAAUCUUUUUUGAGGAC